AUGUCAACUCAGUCAUAAUUAGCUUUUAAAAUACUUCUCAUUGGAUCAUCUGGGUAACUUUAUUUGUUAAUUUUUAUUUAGCGUUGGUAAAACAUCUAUAAUAUAACAAUAUAUAGCUUCUAAAAUUUAAAUCCCAGUAGCAACAAUAGGUGUAGAAUAAAGUAAAAAAGUUGUAAAGAUUAAUAAUUAAAUUGUCUCUCUUUAAGUAAUAUUAAAUUUAACUUUAGAUUUGGGAUACUUCAGGUAUGGAGAAAUUUUAACCAUAUUUAUACCCUUUUUAUAGAUUUAUAGAUUGCCUUAUCAUAGUCAUUAAGAGUAGCGAAAGCGAGCCGAUAAAAACUUUAGAUUAUUGGAAUUAAUAAAGCCACAAAGAAGAUCCAGAAAAUUUUCCUAUUUUUGUCAUCUAAAUGACUUUAAAAAAAAUGGUAAAAUAAUCAACAGUUAUCUUAUUGAGUAAUGGUGCUUAUAAAAUGAAAUUAAAGAAUUUUUUAAAGUAUCAGCCAAAGACAAUUAAAUUAUUAAUGAAAUAUUUUUAGAGAUAACAAAGAUCUUAUUAGAAUAAAAGGAAAAUAUGAUGAAUAAGGAUAAAUAGGUAAUUGAUCGAAGUUUUUCUUUUUCUAAAAUAAUAUCAUCCAAAAACACAAUUAUGAAGUAAUAAUUAAAAUGCAAUAUGCAGGAAAAGAUCGACUAAAUUUAAUGUUACAAUUAACAUGAUAGUCCACCGAGCAUAGUACUGCUUGAUAAUAAUCUUAAACGAGCCUAAAGAUUAAUCUGUUCAUAAUGCAUAAAUGAUAUAAAAGGACGAUUUAAUGGUAUUAAUAUUGACGAAGCAAUAUAAACAAUUUAAGAACGUAAAAAUAUCCUUGACAUAAUUUCUGAUUCUAGCUAAAGAAUUCUAAGUAUUUUAAAUAAUUAUCUUGGAAAAUAAGAAAUAAAUAAAUUGAUGAAUUUAAAAGAGUUAUUUAAACUAUUAACUACUCAUAUGAAAAAAAAAUCUAACUUACAACAAAUUUAUUGUAGGAAUCUUUGCUUAAGGCUUAAAAUGCUUUAAUGUUGGAUUUAUUUUUUCUCAUGGUUUUUUUAAGCAAUUGAAUUUACAAUUAAAAUCUGAUUAUGCAGAAAAAAAACAAUCUAACUAGAUUUAAUACAAGUUAGUAUAGGGUGGUUUUCUUCAACAAAAUGAGAGAGUAGGAAAGCUAACAAAAGACUUCAAAUUGGGUAAUUUAAUUACUUUUAAACAUAUAAGAGAAUGAAUUGAUAUCUUGUAGUAUUGAUAAAACAAUUAAAAUCUGGAGAAUUUCAUAUGAUUAAAAUUAUAUUAAAUUAUUUGAUUCUCCUGAGAAACAUUAAUAUUAAGUAUUAUCAAUAAGUUUAAAUAAAUCUUAUAAUAAUUGAUUUCUUGGGGUGAAGACUAAUAAGUUAUUUUAUGGGAAAAGAACUAAAAUUUAAAAUGGCAAUUUAAAAAUAUUAUCCUCUUAUCAAUUUAAGAAAUAAAUAGAGGUGUUAGAUUCCUUAUGGAUAAUUAAAUAAUAUGUAAAACAUCUUAAGGAUAGAUAGAAGGCUAUAAAUUAGUAAAAGAUUAAUAUCAAAGGUAGUAAGUAUUUGAUUUUGAAGCUUAAAAUCUUGAUGAGAAACCAUAAGAAUUUUAAAUAUUUUUAAUAUUCCAACUUAAUUAAUAGUAAUAAAGCAUCAUAAAUAUUUUUAUUUUUUCAGAAAUAACUUGGAGGAUGGUAAAUUUUAAUAGGUUUUUUAACCUUUAGAAUGCCAUAAAGAAGUUUGUUGUUUUAAUAUUACAAAUGAUGGAAAAUACUUUGUUGUUUGGUUGUGUUAACCUAUAUUAAGAUUUAGAGUUUUUGAAUUGA